AUGCCGCUGCGUUCGCCGCCACCCACGGAGCAAGCUUCGGCGAUCAAGACCUUCUUGGAGUCGCCGCCGCCGGCAGCAUGCACUAGCGUGUGGACGGCGCAGCCGACCCUCGAGCAGCUUGCCACGUAUUUUGAGAAGAACCCGGCGACGGUCGCCAAGCUCUGCGCGAACGCCGGCUGCAAGACGUACUUUACCAGCAUGGCCGCGCUCCCCGACUGCAUGUACAUGAUCCCGAAAACGACGAUCGAGGCCAACUUCAAGGAUGGCGCCAAGGAGGCGCUGGAAGGCUGCACUAGCUCCAACUCGACGGCCCCCACGAACGGCUCGACGAUCACGACGCCGGCGCCGACGGCGGCCAAGUCCACGGCCCCGACGUCUGCCCCGACGCCCAAGCCGUCGUCGGCCAACGCGCUGGCGGCCAUUUCGCUCUCGGCGGCCGUCGCCACGGUGGCCGCGGCCCUUGCGUAAUCGCCGUUGAUGUCUCAUUUCUCUUCUCAAUACAGUGCAUUUUUAACGUG